AUGGGAAAGCAGGCAUUCAGGAGAGGUACUGUCCGUUUUGGCCGGCUAGUACCGGCAAGUGGCGCCCAGAACAGGGGCCUGAAAACCAAUCUCCAUGCACCAAGCAUCCAGAGUCUAGCCACCAUCUCAGACAUAGGCAGAGCGAAGGUGGCCAGGCUGGGACUGGGGUUGCUGCCGCUGGACCUGCUCCUACCCACACAGAUUUAUUCCAACCAAAUGUCUGUUGCAGCACCUUCAAUUAGCUCAUCUCAGAAUACCUCUGCUGUCCCAAAUCCAACUAAUGCCAUUGGGUAAGGCAGCAAUGCUCUGCAGUCAUCAGCUGGUCUCCUUGUGGUGUCACUUUCUCUUCUGCAUCUCUACUGUUAG